AUGGCUGACCAACAAGCACCAAAGCCAACUCAUCCAGAAGUCAUCCAAGUUGUCCGUCAAGCAGGAGCCUAUUCGUCUUAUGCCAUUGCGGUCAAGGACUUCGAUGCAGGAGAUCUAAUUGCCCGUCUGGAGACGCCACCCAUGACUAUCACAGAUACCAAGCGAUACUCAAGCGUUCAAAUCUCUGAGAAUCAAAACAUUGAGCUCAACACCGACUUUCUCUUCAUCAACCAUAGCUGUGAGCCAAGCGUCGAGUUCCAUGUCAAAGCCGACGCCGACAAACCUGUUAUUGAGGUCCGGGCUGCCAUUCGCAAAGACGACAAUGGUAAGUUGAAAGGAAUCAAGAAGGGUGAGCUCUUCACGUUCUUCUACCCCAGCACUGAGUGGGACAUGGCUCAGCCCUUCGACUGCAAGUGUGGUACCAAAGGCUGCUUGGGUCGAAUCUCCGGGGCCAAAGAUAUGACAAGUGCGAUGUUGAACAACUACUUCCUUAAUGAACAUAUUGAGAAUCUGCGUAGCGUUCGUCCAGACGCGGCUAGCAAACUUGGUGUUCGAAGUGUGCCCUCGUCUAGCACAAAUGUACAUAAUAUCGGUUGA